UUUUAGUGUCACUCACAGUUUUAAUCAUACUGCAAAAUAUUACUUAACCAAAACAUGUUACAAGGACUGAUACAGAGAACCUGCGCUGCGGCACUGAAUACGGCGCAGACCAUGUGUGUGCGUCAAAAACACGCAUUUAAUCGUGAUGUGCUGAAGACAAAAGUCCGGUGUAACUUUCCAAAGCCGCGCGAAGUCAAACGCAUCAAUGUCCAUGGCUGGGAUACCCGCAUGGCAACACCAGAAGGACGACGUGUGCUAAUGCGGCGCAUAUUAAAGGGCAGAUAUGACGUGUCGCACUAGUGUGAAGUAGAAAUAAAAGGUUUAAUAUACACAA